CAAAAUUUGGUUUGCUGAUAGAGUACCUCUUUGAAUUAUUGUCUCUUUGAGUUCAAUUCAUUGCAACCAAGUUGGAAAUCAACCCCCAAAGGAAAAGGCUGGUUUAUCUUUUCAAAAGUAAAAUUGAGCGCAAUGUAAUACGGGAGUAACAUUGAUUCAUCGAACCUCAGUGCGCCCGGUUCCGAAUCCGUAAAUGGAAGCUCAUUAUCACUUUUACUUCAAGCUUUUGUUUCUUCUCCUCCCCAUCAUCUUUCAAUCAGCUCUUUCUGAAAUCAUUUUUGAAGAACGCUUCGAUGAUCCUGGAUGGAGGGAGAGAUGGGUGUUGUCGGAUUGGAAGAGGAGGGAAGGCAAAGCGGGAACGUUCAAGCACACCUCCGGCAAGUGGCCCGGCGAUCCCGACGACAAAGGUAUCCAAACACACAAUGAUGCCAAGCAUUUCGCCAUAUCUGCUAAGAUUCCGGAGUUUAGCAACAAAAAUAGAACCCUACUAGUUCAGUAUUCAAUAAGGUUUGAACAAGACAUUGAAUGUGGCGGUGGGUACAUUAAGCUGCUAUCUGCUUACGUGAACCAAAAGAAGUUUGGGGGUGAUACACCGUACAGUCUAAUGUUUGGACCCGAUCUGUGUGGCUCACAAACGAAGAAGCUCCAUGCUAUAGUAUCCUACCAGGGGCAGAAUUAUCCCAUUAAAAAAAAUUUAGUUUGUGAGACAGACAAGUUAACUCAUUUUUACACAUUCAUUAUAAGGCCAGAUGCAACAUAUAGUAUUCUCAUUGAUAACCGUGAGAGAGAAUCUGGAAGCCUGUACACAGACUGGGAUAUCCUACCUCCUCGUAAGAUCAAAGACGUCCAUGCAAAAAAGCCUGCAGAUUGGGAUGACAGAGAGUAUAUUGAUAGUCUGGAUGAUGAAAAACCAGAGGGAUAUGAUAAAAUCCCGCCAGAAAUAUCUGAUCCAAAAGCGAAAAAGCCUGCUGAUUGGGAUGAUGAAGAGGAUGGAACAUGGAGACCACCCAAGGUGCCAAAUCCAGAAUACAAGGGGCCUUCAAAACGCAAGAAAAUUAAGAAUCCAAACUACAAGGGCAAAUGGAGGACUCCGUGGAUUGAUAACCCUGAGUUUGAGGAUGAUCCUGACCUAUAUGUGUUAAAGCCUGUAAAAUAUGUCGGCAUUGAAGUUUGGCAAGUAAAAGCUGGUUCGCUGUUCGAUAAUAUUCUGAUAUGCGAUGACCCACAGUAUGCGAAAGAAGUAGUUAAUGAAAUAUGGGCAAAAAAUAGGGAGGCUGAAAUGGAGGCAUUUGAGGAAGCAGAGAAAAUGAGAAAGGCUCGAGAAGAAGAGGAAGCACGACGAGCCAGGGAAGAGGGUGAGAAGAGGAGAAAAGAGAGGGACCUUCGCUACAAGCGCCGGAGAAGGCAUGAUCGCCAUGACUACAUGGAUGACUACCAUGAUGAACUAUGAGGGCUUCAUCAACUGCUCUAAAAAUCAGAUAUUCUUCGUGAGUCAGUAUCUCCUAACUUCACUCACACCUUUGAUUCUCGCCUUUUUCGUCUUUCGAGAAGGGCUACAUAUUUGUUGUUGUUGUUGUUGUAACAUGAAGAAUGUACAAUUGAGCUUUAAUUUUAUACCUGUAAUAGUGAAAAGCACUUUGAUUGUCUAUUCUUGAGAACAUUAUAUUCAACCGUUCGCCCAAGAUCAUUAUGAAGUUAAGUGGGGAUGUAGGUAGGGUUCUCUAGCAUGACUCUCCUUACUAUUUCAGUUGUGUUUAUCGUGAAUUGAAUUAAAAUGUUACUCCGUAU